AUGGCCACUACUCUUUACCCAAAGUCAUUCACCGACGACGUCGUUAAGUCUUUCAUAACUACUUUCUUUAAGCUCUCCGACACUCCGGCCCCUUCCGCCGGCGUCGCUGAUCCUUACGUCGAAUCCUUUACCCCCACUGCAACUCUCAAGAUGCCAAAGCUGCCCACCGCCCAAGGAUCAGAAGCCAUCACUGAAACCCGCCAAAAGAUGUGGGCCAAUGUCGUGUCCCGAUGCCAUGUUGUCGAACAGGUUUAUCCUUAUAGCGCGUCUGAAGUCUUUCUCAAGGGUACCGUGCGCUACGGACUCAAGGACGGUUCCUUUGCUUCCGUUGAUUGGUCUUCAAACAUGGUUUUUGACGAGGAUGCCCUGUCCAAUGGCAAGGCUCUUCUCAAGUACUACCAAGUCUACCUCUUUUAA